UCGGCGCCCCGCCCCUCUCUCCGACCCUCGGUUGGCAGUCCAGCGCCGCCUGCGCCCGGAGCGCUGGCUCCGCCGGCGCCGAGAAAUGGACCAAUUUUGACAAGAUGUAGUGCUGCAGCGUGCCUGAUGGGAUAUAUUCAGUCAUGGCAUCUGAACUUUGUAAGACGAUCUCUGUGGCAAGGCUGGAAAAGCACAAGAAUUUGUUCUUAAAUUACAGGAAUCUGCACCAUUUUCCAUUGGAGUUACUGAAAGAUGAGGGACUACAGUACUUGGAGAGGCUCUAUAUGAAAAGGAACUCCCUGACAACCUUGCCAGAAAACCUUGCUCAGAAGCUUCCAAACCUUGUGGAACUAUACCUUCACUCAAAUAACAUAGUUGUGGUGCCAGAAGCCAUUGGAUCUCUCGUAAAACUCCAAUGUUUGGAUCUUAGUGACAAUGCCUUAGAAAUUGUUUGCCCAGAAAUUGGUCGUCUGAGAGCUUUACGUCAUCUUCGAUUAGCUAAUAACCAACUGCAAUUCCUACCUCCAGAGGUUGGCGAUUUGAAGGAGCUGCAGACACUAGACAUUUCUACCAAUCGUUUGCUAACUUUACCCGAGAGGCUUCACCUGUGCCUUUCUCUGCAGUACCUCACUGUGGACCGAAAUCGUCUAUGGUGUGUGCCCCGUCAUCUCUGCCAGCUGCCCAGCCUCAAUGAGCUCUCCAUGGCUGGAAACCGUCUUGCGUUUUUGCCACUUGAUUUAGGUCGAUCUCGAGAACUACAAUACGUAUACGUGGAUAACAACAUUCACCUGAAAGGCUUGCCAUCCUAUCUGUACAAUAAAGUCGUCGGGUGCAGUGGCUGUGGUGCUCCCAUUCAAGUUUCUGAGGUGAAGCUGCUUUCCUUUUCAUCGGGGCAACUAACCGUCUUCCUCCCUGCUGAGGUGAAGGCCAUAGGGACAGAGAAUGAUCGCGUCCUGCCUCUGCAAGAGCUGGCCAUGAGGAGUCUACAUCACACAUACCAUACUUUCCUUAAAGAUUUGAACUUUCUGUCUCCGAUCUCGUUACCCAGAAGUCUCCUGGAGCUGCUGCACUGCCCCCUGGGACACUGUCACCGGUGUAGUGAGCCCAUGUUUACAAUUGUCUACCCCAAGCUCUUCCCCUUGAGAGAGACGCCGAUGGCAGGCCUGCACCAGGGGUAAUCAUGCCUAAGUGGGCACCAGGGCUUACACCUGGGAGAGGGGUGGAGGCCAUGCAGGGAAGUAUUGUUAAGUCAGCAGCUCUCAAGGUGCCCAGAGUGCUUCCUGAGAUACAGCUGAAGGAAACAAAAGCACAUUCUCAGCAUCACAAGAAAACUGGACUUCCCUCUAUUACUUUUUUGGCCGUGUACAGAAGAGUUUUAUUGCAUAUGUUCUUUAGAGUAGCUCAUUCUUUGCCAGGAGCCUUUUCCUGCUAUUCCGCUAUUCACAAUAGUCUUUAGGCAAUAAGGAAUGUCAGAACAAAAUAUUUGUUAUAUAAUGGGACCAGCCCAGCCUUUCUAUUUAAUUGGCGUUGCUAACUGAAAGUACAUGGCUGAACAUUGUGUGUGUGCGUGUGUGUGUGUAUGUGUUUCUGUUUUGAAUUUCUAACACUUCCAAAUGCCAUUCUCUUGCCACUCUCUAUUUAUUGGCGCAGUGCCUUGAAUUUGCUAAGAAUGUUCACCAAGCAAAAACCCCUAAACUGGUGGUUUAAAAAAAGAAAACCAGACAAUUAAAAUUAGGACAUCAAAUGAAAAAUCCCCCAUUAACACAACCUUAGCAUAUAGAUAUUCUAAAUUUAGGAUUUUCUAAAUUCACGUUUUUCAAAGUUAAAAAAAAAAGAGAAAGUACUAGAACGCCUCAUUUAUCCAUCCAGUGGUAUUUUGGGUUAGUAAGUUUUUCAGAGAACUUGUUACCCCCUAUUGAGUGCCAAGAAGCAUUUACUUUGUAAGCAUUUCUGUAGAAAGAGAGCGAGCCUGGGCGGGGUGCUGAAACUCUCUGAGCCUCAGACUGGAGAGAGAACAUCGUGCUGGGUGGGGCUGUCAUGAGGAUGAGCAGAUGAUGAAGGUAAAGGCUCUUCAACAAGUGGUAGUUACCUUUACCAGCGGUGUACCCACUCCCUCGCACAACUGCACUUUUCUCUUACCCCGAAUAAUCCUGUUUUGUUAUACUUCCGGUUCCUGUUUCCACUUUCUGUAUUUUUAACGUUUUUUGCUUCGUUGUGCCUGCCCACAAGAAGCCUUCCUCCAAACCUUUCUAAAUUUGCUACUUCCAAUCCGAAGUGAUCACAUCACCAAAUUUAGUGGGAUUCCGUUUAGAUUGGAGUUAAAAGGACUGAGUCAGAGUCUGCGUGUAUUACUUCCUACACGAAUAAAAUUAACAAAUGAAAUAGCCACAGUGGAGGAGAGCCAUAGUUGCAUAGGGGCAGGUGCCCGGGCCCUGACUCCAGCUCCUCCGCCCGGAGACCUUGAGCAGAGGACGUAAAAUCUCUAAGCUUCAACUUUUCAUUAAUAAGAUGAGCAUAGGGGCGCCUGGGUGGCGCAGUCGGUUAAGCGUCCGACUUCAGCCAGGUCACGAUCUCGCGGUCCGUGGGUUCGAGCCCCGCGUCGGGCUCUGGGCUGAUGGCUCAGAGCCUGGAGCCUGUUUCUGAUUCUGUGUCUCCCUCUCUCUCUGCCCCUCCCCCGUUCAUGCUCUGUCUCUCUCUGUCCCAAAAAUAAAAUAAACGUUG